UUUUUGACAGUCCACAACAACUUCAUAAUUCGUAAAAAAUAAAAGUUUGUGCUAAAAGUUUGUCGUAAAAACGUUGCUAAUUCACUUAAUGCAACAUUCUGGGGGCGAUUAUAGCGUCCCACAAUGCCGGUGGACAUAAAGGAAUUAACCGAAGGCUGGCUGGAGUUGGAAAGCGACCCAGGCCUGUUCUCCCUUCUCUUGGAAGACUUCGGCGUAAAAGGCGUCCAAGUUGAAGAAAUCUACGACAUCCACAAGCCCUUAGAUGGCCCCGUUUACGGUUUCAUUUUCCUGUUCCGCUGGAUGGAGGAGCGGCGCUCGCGGCGAAAAAUCGUGGAGCAAACCGAAGUGUUUGUUAGAGAUGAGGAAAUCGUAAACGACAUAUUUUUCGCGCAGCAAAUGGUCCCCAACAGUUGCGCGACCCACGCUCUGGUUUCAGUAUUGCUAAACUGUGCCGACUUGCACUUGGGGGCGACUUUAGAGCGGCUACGGACGCACACUAGAGGCAUGUCGCCUGAGAAUAAAGGCUGGGCGAUUGGGAACACCCCAGAGCUGGCCAAAGCGCACAACUCGCACGCGAUGCCGCAAGCCAAGAGACGGCUAGAUAAGAGUAGCGGGGUUUCAACUGGGCGGUUUACAGGAGAGGCGUUUCAUUUCGUUAGUUUUGUUCCGAUAAACGGGCGUCUGUUUGAACUGGAUGGGCUGAAGCCGUGGCCCAUCGACCACGGGCCGUGGAACGAGGGUGACCAAUGGACGGAUAAAUUCCGGGCUGUUAUCGCCGAUAGACUGGCGAUAAGUGCGGGAGAUGAAGGAAGCGAAAUCCGGUUUAAUCUAAUGGCGGUGGUGCCGGACCGCCGACUUGCAAUUCACCACAAGUUAAAAAUGUUGAAAACGAACAGACAGAUAGUUCUGGACGCGUUAAAACAUCUAGUCAAAGUUAAAAAAGACAAAAAAGAAGAGACUGCAAGUAACAAUGCAAUGGAGGAAGAUCCCCCUCAAGGGAAUUCUCAGAGUCAGUCAGCGUCUGAAGAGGGGGCUUUGACGCCCAAAAGCUCAGUUACAACGCUAGGGCCGUUAGAUUAUGCGACGCCACUCACAAUUCAAACAUCACCAGCCCCCAGCACUUCAGGAACAGAUACUUCGUCGGAAAUUGGCUCAGCGUUCAAUUCGCCAACGCAGACCUGGAACUGGGGGGCGCAACAGCAACAACCAAGUCCAUCCUCCAGGGAUCUGAAGAGAUUUGUUGUGAUUCGAAUGAACGAGCAAGAGGAGGAGCAAAAUAGCAAGAAAACUGUGAAAAAAGAAGGCACCGAACAAAAAAGCAACGGGAAUGGGGGCGUCGCCCGGGUUCGUACGAGCGACGGUGACACGGUUGUGGCUGAGAAAAAACACCCUGAACUUUUGGAGCCUCACACUUUUGCCCCACAAGACCUUUUAGCGCUUUUGCGGAAUUUAGAAAACGAGAUUUGUAUGUGUGAGAUUAAUUUAAAAGAUGAAAAUGAUAAGCAGAAUAAAUAUAAGAUUGAUGACUGCAGGAGGACUCAUAAUUAUGACGAAUUUAUUUGUACGUUUUUAUCAAUGUUAGCGGAGCAAGGAAAAUUGGCUGAUUUAGUUGAACAACAUUUGCAAGUUCCUAAAAGGCCUGGGACUGUGCCCCAACCUAAAGCUGCGAAAACGGCCAAGAAACAUGAAACUGGUGCGACGAAAAGGAAGAAGGGGAGGACGAAAGUAAAGAGAAGAAGGUGAAAAAAGAAAUAUUUAUUUAAAAGAUGUAGGAAUUAAUAUAACUUUCAUAAUUUCUGUUGGCACUUUUGAUCUGAAAUAUGCCUAACAAAUAUGGAUAUUGUGGCAAAGACGAGCUUAACACAAUUUAACUUUUAUCACAACGCAUUUAAAAAUGUAAAAUAAAUGGGACGUUAAGAUGA